UGCAAUAGAAACAAAGUUGCGGUCAUCAAAGUCGACAUAGGUUCCCCUACAGUAAAAUGAGCUUCAACUCCAAUAGAACAACAUAUUUGAAACCCUUGUGGUUCGAAAGGCUUAACGUUUCCGAAAGCAAGGAAUUAAUCCGAAGUUACCAGACGAGUGUGGUUUACAUCUCGGUGGGUUAUGUCGUUCUAACGUUUUUGGGGAGAUGGUGGAUGAGAAACCGGAAACCCUUCAAGCUCAGACGACCUCUCAUCGCUUGGAAUUUGAUUCUGGCCAUUUUCUCCACGAUUGGGUUCUGGAGGACGUUCCCAACAUUUGUCGCCUUGCUGACACAACCCGAUGGAAUCUACAGAUCAGUUUGCACAUACGACUACACCUCUGACACGGAGGCGUUCUGGGGUCUCAUGUACACCAUUUCCAAGCUGUUUGAAUUUGUAGACACGGUUUUCAUAGUACUGAGAAAAGCUCCUCUCUUAUUCCUUCACUGGUUUCAUCACAUGUCGAUGGCCAUCUUUAUGUUUUAUCUCUACCCGAUCGGGGACCCUGUCGGGCGAUGGGGUGGUAUUCUUAACUACGGUGUUCACAGCAUAAUGUACUCCUACUAUUCAGUCAAAAUGGGUGGGUUUCAAGUCCCAAAAUCGGUAUCCUCAAUUAUUACGAUGCUGCAAAUGGGGCAAUUUGUCCUAACACUAUUUGCUAAUGUGUAUGCUUUGGUCAUGUUUGGUAUCGGGUACCCUUGCGCUCUGUCCAACAUGACCAUUUUCAUUCAGUUCGUCGGAGGGACUUCAUACCUGAUUUUGUUUGCCAAUUACUAUUAUCAAACCUAUGUUAAACUUAAGCCAAAAUCUGCAUAAUAUGUAUGGGCAUAUAUAAUUUUGUUUGAUUGUGCAUACAUUUCGUGAUUUUGUAAACCAAAUGUCAAUGAACCAAGGUAUGAACUUGUAGCAGUACUUUAGCUAUGAUAUAAUAAAAGUUUGAACCCCAGGAC